AUGCUGACCUUCAAACGGGCCCUGAUGGCUGCUGCUGUCUUCCUCACCAUGAUCUUCCUGGUAACUCGAUCACAUCCUUCGCCGGGACACACCGAUGACGUCUCCUCGAGUAGCGGAAACAGCAGAGUCAUGGCAGACGAUUACACGAAGACGGGCAACAACCCAACGACUCCGGUCUCGACAUCAAGCUCAGCCGGCCAAAUAGGAAAUGGGCGUAAGGGGAAGGGCGCUCAGCAACCACUGGCCGAUUUUGCGAAAGCACCGCUACGAGAGAAGCUUCUAUACCAAUUUCCAUAUGAUGUGGAGUCGAAAUUCCCAGCAUACAUCUGGCAGACGUGGAAAUACACACCGGCAUCGGGCGAUUUUGGAGAGAACUUCAGACCAGCGGAAGCAUCUUGGUCAGAGAAGCACCCGGGCUUCAUCCACGAGGUGAUCACAGACCAAGUUGCCGUUCAUCUACUGCGACAUCUGUACGCUUCGGUGCCAGAGGUACUUGAAGCUUAUAAUGCACUCCCGAUGCCCGUACUCAAAGCUGAUUUCUUCCGCUACCUAAUCCUGCUGGCCAGAGGUGGCAUCUACUCCGAUAUCGAUACGCAUGCACUUAAACCAGCAACAGAGUGGUUACCUGAGAGCGUGCCACGGGAGGCUAUUGGACUAGUCAUUGGGAUCGAGGCCGACCCAGACCGUCCAGAUUGGGCUGAGUGGUAUUCUCGAAGGAUUCAAUUCUGUCAGUGGACCAUACAAUCAAAGCCGGGUCACCCGGUUCUGCGAGAAAUUGUAGCAAACAUCACUCUUGAGACUCUUAAGAAAAAGCAAGCUGGAACCUUGAAGGGGUUCAAGGAUAACAAGGUGAUCGAAUUCACUGGCCCGGCGGUCUGGACCGAUGUGAUAUUCGAUUUCCUCAACGACGAGAGAUACUUUGAUAUGACCACCAGCAAAGGCAAUAUCACAUGGAAAGAUUUCACUGGAAUGACCCAAGCAAAGAAAGUGGGGGAUGUCGUCGUUCUACCCAUCACCAGCUUCAGUCCUGGUGUACAACAAAUGGGGGCGGAAGACUACGAUCAUCCGAUGGCAUUUGUGAAGCACGAAUUCGAAGGAACUUGGAAGCCUGAAGAAUUACGACACAUUGGAGUUACUACAGAGGAACAAGGCAAAUAA